UGAACCAAUUCUCUGUCCCUGAGACUACUGAGGUGUGGCCGGCAGGGACAAGUGCGAGUUUAAGCAUCGGAGCAGCAGCGUUUGCGGAGCAAAGAAAACGGCGAAAGAACAUGAGCGGAGCAUUGGUGAGACCAGCGCUUCGACAACUUCCGGCGUCGAUGUGCCGAAGGUUGCCUCCAGCAGCCAGCCAGCCAGGCCUGCGGUCGACUACGGCAGUAACACCUCAACGUUAUCAUCGGAACAACAGCAGUAGGAGAAGACCCUCUGGCGGCUGGGACUCGAUGCCACUUGCCCCGGGAGCGUCCAUCCUGCUGGCAGUGGCCCUGUGCUCGGUCUCCACGGAUUCGCCAGCCGAAGCGGGCUGGUGGCCCUUCAGCAAGAGGCAGCCUUCGUCUCCGUUCAGCAAUACAAUUCCACGACAGGCGAAGAAGCAGAGGGCCAAGGCCGAAGUGCAGAUGAGAAAUUACCUCGCCAAGAUGCGAAUGCCGGUUCAAGAGCUGAUGGCAGGGCUUAGGAAGGGGGAGGUGACCCGAGAGGAGUACGACAAGCGCAUGUCGGUCUUCAACGACGAGGUCGAGCUGGCGACCCACCGGAUUAUCUUUGGCGUGUCUGACCCUCCAGAUGCUCGUCGUCGAUACGAAGCCGAACACGGGAACUGCCGAUACACCCCGGAGGCCAUUCGAUUGAUGUCCGCGUUGUCCCCGUUGGUCGAGAUCGGCGCGGGCAGGGGUCACUGGCAGCGCGGGUUAUCCGAAGCGGGAGCCACGGUGAUCUCCUUCGAUAAAUGGGCGACGACCCCCUCGAGCGGCAACGAGAGGGGCACGACGGCAGGCAUGCCCCAAAUCGGGAGAGUGCUACCUGGGGAUGAGCAUGCCCUUCGCCUCCACCGUGAUAAGACCCUGCUCCUGGUAUACCCCCCGCCUGGAGACAUGGCCUUGCGGUGCCUACAUGAGUAUAGAGGAGAUACCUUAGUUUACGUUGGGGAGGGGAGGGGUGGAGCCAACGCAAGCGACGAAUUCUUCGAUGGCCUGGAUGCGGAGUGGGACGUAGAAAACAUCCUCGACCUCGAUCCCUUCCCCCAGUGCUUCGAACGACUCUUCUUGCUACGACGUCGACAAAGAACUGCUGUGGGGGCCUCAUCGCAGCAAGAUCCAUGAACCAACCUUAGCACAGAAAUAUAAUGCGGGGAAGCAAGUACAUAAAGGUGUUGCUCGUACGAGGGUCGAGGGAUUUCGUCUUUUUGAGUUUGUGAAGGAACCUAGCCGCGUUCCACACCAUUCACGAUGUAAGGGGUGUCGAGGGUGUGAAUUCCCCGCUGGCGAGCUUCGGAGUAUGGGCGCGCACGAAAUUCAUGACGUUUGUUUCGUCGCAUUUUCUCUACGGCCAUUUGUGCUUACUAGUCCAAACCUCCGCGGUAACGAGGGCACCCAUAACCAGGAACGUGGGGCUAGAAGAUAAUGAGACUACCGGCCAACGUGCUGCGGUCUAGCUCUGUGUGCUGCUGGUG